UGCUAAUGCUAAGGCUUUGUCCAGUUUUGUUGAACACUCACUCAGCUGCUGGAUUGUAUAAAGUGAUAAUAAACACAGUUUCCUUUAAAAAGUCAAGCGUUUGUUAAAUAUGAGUAAACGAAAAGCGCCACAAGAAUCUCUGAACGAAGGAAUCACUGAUUUCCUCGUAGAGCUGGCCAAUUAUGAGAGAAAUGUCAACAGAGCCAUCCAUAAAUACAAUGCUUACAGAAAAGCAGCGUCUGUCAUCGCAAAAUACCCUCAGAAGAUCAAAAGUGGGACUGAAGCAAAGAAACUGGAUGGAGUCGGCGCAAAGAUAGCGGAGAAAAUCGAUGAGUUUUUAACAACAGGAAAACUGCGCAAGCUGGAAAAGAUUCGCAAUGACGACACAAGCUCCUCCAUCAACUUCCUAACCAGAGUGACUGGAAUCGGUCCUGCUGCCGCCAGGAAGUUUUUUGAGGAGGGCGUCAGGAAUUUAGAAGAUUUGAAGAAGAUCGAACACAAACUCAAUCAUCAUCAGCAGAUCGGGUUAAAAUACUUUGAGGAGUUUGAGAAGAGAAUCCCUCGUUCAGAGAUGCAAAAAAUGGAGGCUCUGAUAUUGAAAGAACUGGAUAUAGUGGAUCCAGAGUACAUCGGCACCAUCUGCGGCAGCUACAGAAGAGGAGCAGAGUCGAGUGGUGAUAUUGAUAUACUGCUAACCCAUCCAGACUUCACAUCUCAGUCUGAGAAACAGCCGAAGCUCCUUCAUGCCGUUGUGGAUCAUUUUGAGUCCAUCGGCUUCAUUACUGACACACUGUCUAAAGGAGACACUAAAUUCAUGGGUGUGUGUCAGCUGCAGAAAGAAGAGGAGGAGGAGUUUUUACACCGCCGUAUUGACAUCAGGCUUAUCCCUAAAGAUCAGUAUUACUGCGGUGUGCUGUAUUUCACUGGCAGUGAUAUAUUCAACAAGAACAUGAGGACUCACGCGCUGGAGAAAGGCUUCACACUCAACGAGUACACCAUCCGUCCACUGGGCGUCACUGGUGUGGCUGGAGAGCCUCUGCUGGUGGACAGUGAGAAGGACAUCUUUGACUACAUCCAGUGGAAAUACAGAGAGCCGAAGGACCGCAGCGAGUGAAACAAACCACAAUAAAGAGCAGACUGUGUGUGUGUGUGUUGGUCAUUUAGCUCAUAAUAGUGUAUUUUAAUAGUAGAAAAGACAAAGGGAGCGAUGUGUUUGAGUUUUUAAACUCACUAAAGCAGCUACAUGACUGCUGUUGAUGGUGCUUUUUAGUUAUAAUAGUCAUGUAUAUUAUUUUGUGUUAAAUACAAGAGUGAAGAAAGAAAGAAUGUUGUGGUUUUGUAGAUAUCAUAUUGUUUCUGAUAAAGCAGCAAACAUGUCUUUCAGCAUACUUCCUUACUAAAACAAUAUGAAUGAUGUUAUUUAAAGUCUGUCUGAUCUAUUAUGAUGUUAUUGGGAUAUUUUUGUUGGGAUGAUAGUCUAGCUGUAUUAUGAUGAUGCAGGAUUUCUGUGUAAAAAUUUGGAUUGUCCAUUAAAAAUCCCACACAUCA